GCAUGGGCAGAAAUAAUUAGGCUUUUCUUUUGAAAGAUGAACGCGGAAGUCAUGUGUUGUGUUGUGGAUGAAUCGAUGCUGGUCAGGUUUCUAAACAAAAUAACGGAACCGGGGAAAACCGGCCGGUUGCCAGAAAACUGUUGUCGUCGAAUCCCGUUAUGAUAGCUCAGAAGUGUUGUAAAUGUAAAAGAUGAUUCUCUGUGUGUAGUGUUUGAGAAGAAGAGGCGUAACGUUAGUCCUUAACUUGGAGACAAAACUUUAUUUGACUGUGCGUCAUGAUUUCCACACACAGGCCGCCGCCGAGUGACAGAGGAAAAGUUUUAGACCGUUACCGUCGCUGAAACUAAGUUAACGUUUACUGGAGUUGAAUGGGGACGGAGUAACACUUUAGAUGAGGAGAUGAAUUUUGGUGUCCCCGCUAAUUCGCUGCUGCUUUUCCGUGCCUGUGACGAGGGGGACUAUGAAACCGCUCGAGGGAUCCUGGAUCCCGGAGCCUCGAAAGAGUCCGGGAGGCAGAGCAGGCUGCGGUCAGAAGCGGGGUCGGAGUGCAACACCGCGGACAUGUUGUCUCUUGUACCGGUUGACUGUACGGACGAGGAGGGGAACACAGCCCUACAGUUUGCGUCGGCCAGCGGCCACGAGAACCUGGUCCGGUUUUUGUUAAGAAAGGGGGCCUCGGUAGACAGCCGCAACAACUACGGCUGGACCCCGCUGAUGCAGGCUGCAAGGUUUGGGCACCUGACUGUUGCCCACAUCCUGCUGGAGAACGGGGCAGAGAUUAACGGACGGAACAGGCUAGGUGCGAGUGUCCUGACAAUGGCGGCCCGUGGGGGACACGCUCAUGUAGUCAAGCUACUCCUGGAGAGCGGGGCCUACGUUGAUGACUAUGAUCAUCUGGCUGUUGCUGCAGAUGCAGUCUCAAAUGGCAACAACAACAACAGUUGCAGCACGGCUGGUUUUGGAGGUGUUGAAGGCUGUCCUGGAGGAGGAGGUGGCAGAGAAUUUAUGGACAUCACAGCGCUGAUGGUGGCAUCUCAGCAUGGCCAUGAGGCCGCGGUGUGCCUGCUGCUAGAGUGGGGCUCUGAUGUCAACUUUUCCCAGAAGACCACUGGCUGGGGACCACUGAUGGUGGCCACCCUCAGUGGGAAGGUGGCUGUGGCUCAGCAGCUGGUGGAGCGUGGAGCUGACCCAGACCGAGUCAAUGUUCUGUCCAAGACAGCCUUUGAACUAGCCAUGCAGCUUAAACAAAGAGACAUCAAGGCCUACCUGGACUCCAUCACCACUGUCCGACCCCAGACUGCAAACCAAGAAAAGGCCUCCAGGAAGCACAUCAUCAGCACAGCAUCCUCUAACCCUGAAUCCAGGAAAGAGAGCCUUCCACUGGGCACCACGGUCAAUGAAAGCAGCCUCCUCCUGGAAUCUUUGACAGGCUUUGCCUUGGUGGUGAGCAGUGAUGGGAUGGUCUUUUAUGCCUCCUCAACUAUUGUGGACUAUCUGGGAUUUCAUCAGACUGACGUGAUGCACCAGAAUGUGUUUGACUAUAUUCACAUAGACGACCGUCAGGAGUUCAGGCAGCAGCUCCACUGGGCCAUGUGUCCUCCGCAGCACCAGGGGACGUCGGCUCAUCAGGAUAACCCGGCAGCUGCAGGGAGUGGUGAGGACUUAGUAGUGAGCAGCCUGUUCCAUUCUCCGGAGUCAGGGGGAAUUCCUCCUGAGCUCUCCUGCUUUCUCAACAGAUGUUUCAUUGCCAGAGUCCGAUGCCUUUUGGACAGCACCUCUGGAUUCUUGACUAUACAGUUCCAGGGUCGGCUGAAGUUCCUCCACGGUCAGAAAAAGAAGUCAGCCUCCGGGGCUCUGAUGCCUCCCCAGCUGGCUCUAUUCUGCAUAGGUGUACCCCUCCUACUGCCCUCCAUCACUGAGAUGAAAAUGAAGAACAUGUUAAUGCGGGGAAAGAACAAGGGAGGAGGAGGAGGGAUUAUCUCUGCACUGGAGCAUGGUGAGCGAGGGGAACACCUCCGGAGGCACUCCUUCAGUGGAGGAAUGGGUGACAUUGUAGACCCUCUCCUCCUCUCCUGUCCUACUCCUGGCCCUACCCAGCGAGGUCACCACACUCCCUGGACCCCACUCUCCAAAGACAAUCUUAAAUACCGCCCUGAUGGUUACUACAACCAGGAGGAGCCCCUCAACUACUGCAAGUCUUCCAUGGCUCCCCAUAAAGGCAUCAGCCCAGGCCUGGGCGGCGCCUGGCCUCUGCGGCCAAAUUCAGGUCCCCUCAGAGCAGGCCAGGGUGUCGGCUACAUACCUUCUAACCGCUUGAAUAAAGCUGGCCAGUACGGGAAGCCAUACCGCCUCUCCCCCAGCUGCCACAGCAGCAGAGGUGGUGAGGUGUUUGUCUCUAAGCUCUACGGGAGCGUCCAGAUUCCCACAGACCCAGAUGCCUACUGCGUGGACCUGGUGAAGAGCGAGAACGGCUACGGAGAAUGCUACGAUGGCCAUCUGAUGCCCGACAUGGCUCCCAUCAAGGUGGAGCACGACUCAGACUCUGAGAAUGGCUGCGAUGCCUACGGGCGACCCUGGGCUUGCCGCGACCCAGAGGCCAUUGACCGUCGCUAUGGUAAUGGGGUAUACGACCAGAGCUCAGGCCUCCAUCUCAAAUCAGAGGCAGAUUAUUAUGAUCCAGAGUACUCGCCCUGUCAGCGAGGGAAAGCAGGAAUCAGCCCACCGUACAACAACAGCAACUAUCAGAACUAUGCAGUCAACAACAGCGGCAACACACCCGGACGUCUGUUAAAAUGUGACAAAGCCAUGGGCAAUAACAAUGACAACACCCAGUUUAGUCCUCAGAGACUCUCUCACUCAGACUCUCUAUGCAGCAACCAAUCUGUCAACCUCAUGGACUCGCAUGUCUACGACCCUCACAAAGCCUACAUGCACCAGGACUACAACAAGCAUGGCACCUAUGAGUUCAAAGGUCAUGGCCUGAUCCACUCGAUCAAGCGAGAGCCCAUAGACUCCCCACCGUGGCCCGAGAGCGGUCACGACAUAAGCCAGUCCAUGAUGGUUGGUCCUAGGAACGUUAUGCCAUGUGUGAUGAGCACAGGGCACCACAAGUCCAGUCCCUACAUUUAUAUGCCGUAAGAGUGAUUGGUGCGAACACAUCAGAUUUUACCUGUCCCCAACCCUCCGCCCCACUCCCCACCCUCCACACAAGCAAGCAAUCAGUGUGCAUUAAAGUACUUUCUAUUGCGCCACAUGCACCAGCAUUACAAAAGGACAGUCUUUGAAUACAAGGAUUCCCAGGAUGUCAACAUUUAUAUUACUUCUUCUAUUUGAUGAAGAGGUCACAAACAAGGCUCAGGUUCUAGUGUUAGUGUUGUGACAAUCAAAAAAAAUACUUUUAAUCCAAUUUAUGGAUAGAUGAUUUAGUUUUUAAGGAAUACAUUUUGUAGUUGGUUCCAAGCACUUUUGGAUUUAGUGACAAUGAGACAAAUUACGUCUAGAAACACAAUUUCAUUUUGUUUUAUGUGUUGUGAACACGUGGCUUUUGUGGCAAAGAUUUUGCUGUAAAAAAUACUUUUUUAAAAAAUGUUGUACACAGGAGAUGACUCACACUUAACUGCUGGGCUUAUCAAGGGAGAUGGGUGAUUAUGAGAGCACACUUAGCAGUCAUUGAUAUCAACUUAAAGGAUGAUCUGCCUUGAUGGUGGUUUCCCAUGUUUAAAAGCUUUACCUAUACAUCACCUACCUUUUUCAUUACUGCCUCCAGUGAUGUCUGAUGGAAACUACUGGUUUCUAUGCAUUUUACAUAGACUUCAAAACUUAAUCAAUUGCCAUAAAAAAUAAUUACUUGGUCAACGUUAUAUAAUUGUCGCAACAUAACAUGUUUGCAACCAUCAUUCCUACAGUAAAGGACUCUGAUAUCUAAUACUGAGCAGCUGUGGAAAAGCAGUUUUUAAUGCAUGAAAACCAAAUUCUUUUUCACAACAUCCCUGUUUACUCAAUCUUUGUAUUUUGAAUUAGAUUUUUCAAGACCAUAGCUUACAAUGCAAUGCUUUUGUCAGAGCAUCCUUGAAUUCACCAUUACAGGCCUUUUUUUAUUAAAAAAAAAAAAUUGUAUCUCCUUGCAAAUGCAGAAUCCAUUGAAAAACUUGACAGUAAUGUAAAGUUUAUGCAAUUUCAAGUUAAUGGACCAAAACAUGUGAAAACUAUUAGUAUGGCCAAAGCUUUAAGCAGCCCAUAUUCACUACAUUGCCCGCUUACACACAUAAAGGCAUUAUAUAAGAAGGGGUAACAAACCCUUAACCACAAACCAUUGGUUCAAGCAUGUGUCCUGCCUGAAGCAUUUUUUUAGCAAGGUACUGAAUCCUAACAUGAUCUGCAGGGGGCCACUCUGUCCCUGCUCGUUGGCUUUAAACUCCUUGUGGAAGGGAUAAAAGGAAAAGUGAAAUUCAGUGAGCAUAAUAAAAAGCAUAAGGAUGUUGAUGGCAAAACUGAUUUAACUAUAAAUCACAAUUACGAUUCUACAGCAUUAUAUUUGCAUCAACUCAUCAUCAUCAUCAUCAUCAUCAUCAUCUCAACUCAGAUCACACCAGAAUUGCCCUUAAAUUUGCAGGACAUAAGACGAACUAAAAAAUGACUAUAUUAAUUAUUAGUUAAAGGUUUUUUCUGGACAAAGUUGAAGUGUUAGUUUGAACUGAAGGAAAAGUAGGCAGUGUUGUUAAAUGGUUCGAUGUUAAUUCUAAUUUCAAUGAGCAGAAUAAUUUCAUAAUCCUAAAUCAUAACUCCUGUUGAAAGUACAAAUAUUAUGUCAUUUUAUGUCAACGUUAAUGUUGUAUAGUGUGGAUUACAUUGAAAUGCUUUUCAACACAAUGCAGCCUAUCUCACUGCAGAUACCACACAUUUCCUUUGAAAUGAAUAUACACUUUUAAUGUCGUCUUUUCAGUCCAAAAACAUCAGACAAUGUCUUCACAAUCAGUAUUUUUGCACAAUGUUAUUAAAAGCACCAAAUUGAUUCAAUGUCAGAGUCUCAGUUCUGUGAAGCUGCUGUGGUAGUUUCUAAAUUGCAAUUCUAAGUUCAGACUAGCCAGACAAGUUUUUGAGUCGACAUGCACAACUGUACAUGGUGUCACUGUUUUGAAUUUGUCUUUUUCUCUUUGUGUGUGUUCAUUUCAAUAAAUGUUUGAUGAUUCGUAUUUAUUGAAAGGCAAAAGUACAUAAUUUAAAAACUACAAUUUUGAAGGCUUUUCUGUUUCACUAAGGUAAAUAAACAUGGCUUUUUUUUGUCUCACGGAGGAGGUAGCUGCAAGGUAGCGAACACAGUGUAUAUAUGCAGUGUCUUCCAUUGUUUCUACGUGUUUUUGCAAAUGGGACUUAUCUAUUAAAAUACUUUUCUUUA